UCAAUCCCUCUCUCCCUUUGCGUCAGUAUUAUGUCAGGACCCAGGCCUGUUAUCAUAAGUGGCCCCUCAGGGGCAGGAAAGAGCACUCUGCUGAAGAAGCUGCUGAAGGACUACAAGGGAGUUUUCGGCUUCAGCGUAUCACAUACAACAAGGGACCCACGUCCAGGAGAGGUAGAUGGCAAAGAUUACCACUUUACAAACAGGGAGGCUAUGCAGGAGGAUAUUGACAAGGGGGAAUUCAUUGAGACGGAUGAGUUUUCGGGCAACCUGUACGGAACAAGUAAGAGUGCUGUACAGGACGUGAGGGCCAAGGGCCUCAUUUGUAUCUUGGACGUGGAUAUCGCAGGAGUGAGGCACAUCAAGGAGACUAACCUGGACCCAAUCUACAUCUCUAUCCAGCCCCCCUCUAUUGAGGUCCUGGAAGAACGUCUGAGGGGUAGAGCGACGGAGACAGAGGAGAAAAUACAGAGCCGCCUGGAAGAAGCCCGGACUGACAUGGAGGAGUGCAACGAGCCUGGAUUGUUUGACAUUGUCAUUGUCAACGAUGACUUGGAUGAGGCCUAUGAGAAGUUGCAAAGUGUUCUUAAGGAGGAAAUAACAAAAGUUCAGGAGGUCAUCAAGUCAUAAGGAGCUACAGUAACAGUGUCCCAGUGAGACUUUUACUCCAGCAUGAACGACACCAUCUAUGCUACUGCAUCAACACCGAAACACAAUAAGAUCCACUCCCCUGACAUCAGCUGAUUUAGCCACAUAAACAACUGUUCUGAGCGUUGUAGAGAAACGUACAAUAUGCAUCUAAGACCAGGUGUUGGAACUGGUUUGAAAAACAGAAUCAGAAUGAAAGUGAUCUAUACUGUUCCAGAACAAGGAAACUAUUUUAAAAAACUGAAAACUGGUUAAUAACGUUAUUUUACACUUCUGACAUUUUUAUAAUAAUGGUUCUGUUCAGAACAAAACGAUUGGAAAACAAUGUUGUUUCCAACACCUGCCUAGGACCCAAGAAGAUUGUCUAACAUUCUUAGAGUCAAUAGAUCAUGAGAAAUGGGUAAGGGAAUAGGGCAUUUGAUAGGUACAGUUGAAGUCGGAAGUUUACAUACAUUUAGGUUGGAGUCAUUAAAACUAGUUUUUCAACCACUCCACAAAUUUCUUGUUAACAAACUAUAGUUUUGGCAAGUCGGUUAGGACAUCUACUUUGUGCAUGACAAGUAAUCUUUCCAACAAUUGUUUACAGACAGAUUAUUUCACUUAUUAAACUCACUGUAUCACAAUUCCAGUGGGUCAGAAGUUCAUAUACACUAAGUUUACUGUGCCUUUAAACAGCUUGGAAAAUUCCAGAAAAUUAUGUAAUGGCUUUAGAAGCUUCUGAAGCUAAUUGACAUCAUUUAAGUCAAUUGGAGGUGUACCUGUGGAUGUAUUUCAAGGCCUAUCGUCAAACUCAAUGCCUCUUUGCUUGACAUCAUGGGAAAAUCAAAAGAAAUCAGCCAAGACCUCAUUGACAUAACAUGAAAGGGCGCUCAGCAAGGAAGAAGCCACUACUCCAAAACCGUCAUAAAAAAGCCAGACUACGGUUUGCAACUGCACAUGGGGACAAAGAACAUACUUUUUGGAGAAAUGUCCUCUGGUCUGAUGAAACAAUAAUAGAACUGCUUGUUUGCCAUUAUGUUUGGAGGAAAAAGGGGGAAGCUUGCAAGCCGAAGAACACCAUCCCAACCGUGAAGAACGGGGAUGGCAGCAUCAUGUUGUGGGAGUGCUUUGCUGCAGGAGGGACUGGUGCACUUCACAAAAUAGAUGGCAUCAUGAGAAGGGAAAUUAUGUGGAUAUAUUGAAGCAACAUCUCAAGACAUCAGUCAGGAAGUAUAAACUUGGUCGCAAAUGGGUCUUCCAAAUGGACAAUGACUCCAAGCAUACUUCCAAAGUCGUGGCAAAAAGGCUUAAGGACAACAAAGUCAAGGUAUUGGAGCAUCCAUCACAAAGCUCUGACCUCAAUCCUAUAGAACAUUUGUGGGCAGAACUGAAAAAACGUGUGCGAGCAAGGAGGCCUACGAACCUGACUCAGUUACACCAGCUCUGUCAACUUAUUGUGGGAAGAUUGUGGAAGGCUAACCGAAACGUUUGACCCAAGUUAAACAAUUUAAAGGCAAUGCUACCAAAUACUAAUUGAGUGUAUGUAAACUUCUGACCCACUGGGAAUGUGAUGAAAGAAAUAAAAGCUCAAAUAAAUAAUUCUCUCUACUAUUAUACUGACAUUUCACAUUCUUAAAAUAAAAUGCUGAUCCUAAUUUUUACUAGGAUUAAAUGUCAGGAAUUGUGAAAAACUGAGUUUAUAUGUAUUUGGCUGUCACGAUCGUGUGGGAGUGAGACGGACCAAAACGCAGCAUGUGGAAAAUAAGCCAUCUUCUUUUAUUUAUGAAGAAGGCAAAACGAAACACUUACAAACUAACAAAACAACAAACGACCGUGAAGCUACAAAACGAAAGUGCACACACAAGCUACUAACGUUUAGACAUAGACAAUUCCCCACAAACAGCUAAAGCCUAUGGUUACCUUAAAUAUGUCUCCCAAUCAGAGACAACAAUAUCCAGCUGUCUCUAAUUGAGACCCAAUUCAGGCAACCAUAGACUUUCCUAAACACCUACACUCAACCAUAGACACACCUAGACAACUACACUAAACAUAAACCCAACUACUCUAAAUAAACCCCCUAAACCUUACAACCACCCUAAACACUACAAAACCCACAUAAAUAACCCAUGUCACACCCUGACCUAACUAAAAUAAUUAAGAAAACAAAGAAUACUAAGGCCAGGGCGUGACAUUGGCUGAGGUAUGUAAACUUCCGACUUCAACAGUACGUGUCGAGUAUACAGUAGAUGCUAGUAAAUAUCUACUUCAUGUAGACAAAUAGAAACUACUGCCAAAGCCACAAGACCGUCCACUAAACCUUCAUUGUCAAGGUUCGACAUUAUACUUAACCUGACCUGACCCUGACUUGACAUGUGUGAUGACCAUCCAACAUAUCAUGGACAAACAACCCGAGAAGUAAUAAAACUGUCUUAGCUGUGAAAUGUCAUAUUAGUGGAAUACCUUUGAGGUAAACAUUGUCUUAAUCUAAACUGUUAUUGGUCCAAUAGUAAGAAACCAUUCUGUAAUCCAAUUUUCUCUCUGGUUUUAAUCAAUGAUAAAGUCUGAAUAAUGUUACACAAAAAGGUAGGGAUGUGUGUUGUUGAGUGUUAUACUAAUUGAACAGUAUUUGUGGAUGAACAUGUAACUGGCUGGGUGAGGACUCAAGCACUCAGCACACAGCUUUCAGAGGUCACAGGUCAGUCCUGAGGUGGUCAGUUUAACUCUCAGG